AUGACAGUCACCUCCGUGAUAGACAAAAUUGCGCCCCUUUUGCGCCAGAAAGACAACAAGCUUGCGCACGAGCGCUUGCAGAAGAUAGCACUAGAGGUGGCUCCUGUGAUGCGCUCCUUCGGAUUCAAAGUGGGCGUUCUAUGUGAGUUUUUCCCCAAAAACCCCCAGCUUCUAGGUCUGAACGUGAACUUCGGCACAAAGAUAUGUCUUCGACUGCGAUAUCCGCACGCCAGCGACCAAUUCCUGCCUCUGGAAGACGUUAUUGAGACCAUGCUGCACGAACUGUGCCACAACAAAUAUGGCCCGCACGAUAACAAUUUUUACCGACUGCUCGACCAGCUGCGCGAUAAGUACCACUCCAUUAAGCGAAACGGGGCUCUGAAAGAGACAGGGUACGUAGCUGAGAGCCAGGUUCUAGGGGGCCGCAAAACCGGGCUGAUCAGAGAAAUGCGACUCAAAAAGCUCGGACAGGUCAAAUAUGUGGCAAAAGUGGAAAAAUUGGGCUCUAACAUGCCCAAACAGAAUAAGAGCAUGCGCGAGUUGAUGCUCGAGGCUGCCGAAAGAAGGGCCAGGGACGCUAAAACGUGCACUGUAGACCCAGAGGCAGUGCCUAACGAGGACGAGCUGGUCGAGGUUGACAAGCCUGUACCGGAGGUGAUCGAAAUACCUGAUGAAGAUUAA